AUGUCUCGUCGCACCACCAUUCCUGAGCAGCCGCCCCGACCGUCCUCACUAGGGAGCUGCAUCAUCUACGGCUGCGGAGCAGGACUGCUCGGCGUCGCCGCAAUGACCGUCGGAGAGAAAAUCGAGCAAUAUUUCACUGGUCGGCCAAAUUCAUAUGUACCUGGUCACACCCUAGAGCGCCUUCUCAGACUUCCCGUCAGGCCGGAUUCCGAGCGUUUCGGAUUGAACAUGGCGAUGCACUAUGGACAGGGAGCAGCUGCGGCAAUCAUUAGAGCGCUUAUGAGCGCAUAUGGCGUUCGCGGGCCAUUUGCAGAUUUUAUGUUUAUUUCUAUACGGCUGAUGAUUGAUCAAACCUUGGAGAAUGUGACUGGUGUUGGGGCACUUCCAUGGACCUGGCCUGUUAAUGAGCAAGUCAUUGAUAUUAUUCACAAAGGCGUCUUUGCGUUCGUGACGGGAUACUUUACGGAUAAGUGGCUACAAGGUUGA